AUGGAAGAUAAUUUUCUUAACAAACCCAUUGGAUCUCAUAUUGAUGAUGAUCUCACCGUCGAGAAUUUACGAGUUCUUGCUUGUGAUGCCGAUAUUAACAGCCUUACGUAUCUUUGUGCUGUGCUCGUAAACUGCAAAUAUAAAGUUAAACAUGCAACAAGUGCGGCUGAAGCAGUAGGGAUACUGAAUGCAAACAAAGAGGGAUUUGACGUUGUAUUUGUGGACGUUGAUACUCAUAGCUCAGAUGCCUUUAAGCUUAUGGAGACGAUAAGACAUGAAAUGCGGUUACCGUUGAUAAUGGUGACAGGAGAUGUCAGCCCAGAAAACAAAACCAAGGGUCUAUCCCACGGGGCUGUAGAUUGCAUCAGAAAACGCCCUGAAAAGGAGGAAAUCAUGAACACUAUUCGACACCAUUUUACUCAGGAUGGUCCGUCAGAAAAAGAUGGGAAGAAAAAGAGGAUGGUUUGGACCCCGGGGCUUGAUGCAAAGUUUGUAAAAAGCGUUCAGACGUUAGAGAAAAAAAAUAUGGCGCAUCCCAUGAGGAUACUGGCCAUGAUGAACGAACAAGGACUCACUCGGAAACAUGUUGCUAGCCAUCUACAGAAAUAUAGAAUUUCGUUGAACAAGGCCAAAGCUGCUAAAAUGAAGGAACAAGGUUCCCCAUUAGAAGCAACUAGCUGUCGUAGAAGAUUGGAAUUUGAAAACUUCAAUGCUGAUCUCGGUCUACCUGUUAAUGAGGUCCACUCCUUGAACUCUUCUCUCGGCCCAACAAUGGGGGACACGGCAAUGCCGUCGUCCGGAAGCUCAUCGGUGCCGUUCCAAUCCCAUGAUCUUCAUAAUUGCUUAGGUGGUCAAACGCCAGAUGUUUUCGAUAAUUACUUGUUAGAAACGAACGUUCAACCUCAUAAUCUUGAACCGGAGGCUGUUUCCGGGACUACUUAUCAGUCACAAUCUCCAUACCUUCAAGGUGAGGGCCCUGUGACUAUCCUUCCUAGCGGUCCUGAGUUCUACGUAUUCCCAUAUAAGUUUUUGAAACGAGAAAGAAUUGCAGCUUAUCGUCUUCCUCCUGCAGUUAGUCCAGUUUCAUAUAAUCUUAAUGGGAUUGCAAACAAUGUGCACUAUCCAGUUUCCACAGUGAAUGGCGUGACCGAACCUUCAGUGGGGAAUGGAACAACCGAAUCACCAUCGGGUACAAGUUCCAGGCUUAAUUCUGAGCCCAACAAUCAAGUAAGCCUGUUUGUUGAUGACCCGGAGUCACCUAUUGGAGUAACAAUGCUACUGGAUGGAAUUUUCUGCUACAGCCCGGUCAAUGUGCGGUACGAUGAUAUAGCAAAUGCUAGGUAUGUCCAUGGUCUGCCGGUGGUGGAAGUCCAUUGCAUGCGUUGCCCUUCUGUCCUUGGCGAGCAAUAUAUUUUGCGUGGUCAACCCGGGACUGUAUCACCGAGUCCGUGGGAAGGACCGGUCAUAUUAAAUCAUACCGCAUUGCUGUAUUGGAAUGGAAGUGGUUUCUUUUUUGCAGAUGACGGCACACCUUUGGAUGACUGA